UUUCGAGUUUUAGUUUCGAGUUUCUGUCUCAGUUCACAUCUUCAAAAUUUAUCAUGGGAUAGGGGUCAAACUCCACGUGAAUAGAAAGUAUUCGUACCUGUAAACAAUUUUGAACGCAGAUUAUCCUGUCAUGCAGCGGGGUUUGUCAAGGCCAGCUCAUCAGCAGUUCAACUUGCGGGAAUUGUACUCGAGACAGCCAGCACAUUCACUUAUCAUCGACACCAUAAAACCAUGUGACCUGGAGACGGUUCAGACAAUUGUGACCGCUGUAGAUAACUUCUUCUCGCUGGUGUGUAGCUUCAGCGGACCAAACAGAAUUUCAUCCAUUUCUUUGUUAGCUUCUUGUAAACGUACCGAGAUGCUCUUGCCACUACAAAAAGUCACGAAAGCUCUCUUUCCAAGACUUCGUGCUUCUAUGGAUGAUAUGAUUAGGAUUAUUAAGCAGCAAAUUUCCAAUCCUCCAGAAAGAGAUGACAAUUCAUUACAGCAUACGGUUCGAGAAGCUGUGAAUAGUUUCUCAAAAUUUAAAGAAUUAUCGUCGUUUGGUAAUCAAUUUGAAAUCACUGUGCUUACUUGUCGCAGCAUUCAAAAUAUCAAAUUAUUUGCUGACGAAAUCAUGCGGAAUUUGAAUUUGUCCGACAUAAAGAAGGUCGAAUUCGUUAGUCUCACAAAGGAAGACAGCGCAAGGUGGUCUCCUAGUUUGAUUGAUGAUUGUGUGAGUCAGGACGUACAAACAACUGACGAGGGAAAUCAAGUUACAGGGUUUUGGAACGUUGUACAACUUGAUUGUAACUCGACAAGUUUAGAAUCUUAUUUCAAAAAUUGGUUGAAAGACGAAAGCACCGAUAAAGAGCAUUUACAGCUACAAAUCGAUGACGUCAUAAUCAAGUGUGACAUGCAAGAACGAUUGCUCAACCCUGAUGAACUGCCGUUCAGGUCAUCGUUUUGUGUAGGGAGCGAUCUGUAUAUGGGUACAGUUGCGCAGGGAUCUCGUACCCAAGUAUCUACGCCAAUUAUAAAUAUACGAGCAAAAACAGUGGUUCCCAGUGAAGCGAUCUGCGAAUCUAUAAUAUUUGGACGACCCGUAGUUUUGGUGACGUCAGCAUGCUGGCAGAUGGAUUGGGACGAAUUAGAAACAAAUCAAAACCAGUUCAUGUCUCUUUGUAAGCGACUUGAAAGAAGUCAGGAAUGCUUGAUAUGCGAAAACCUAACGAAACAACAAGGUCGUCACAGAAAUUAUAACCUGAAUUAUCUUGAUCAACCGAAAGGUAUGUUUGUUAUCAUUCCCUCAAAUACAUCAUCCCUACUUCUUAAAAAUAUUUGUCCGAAAGAGCUGCUCUUGCCUGCUCAAAUUGAUCCGUGUGUAGAGGAAUGUGACGGACCUGACUCCUCCGCAGAAAAAAUAAGUCGUGCGUUGGAUUCUGUUGGCAAAAGUGAAUCUUAUAAUCCUCUGGAACAUAACAGUGGACUGUGUGAGAGUUUGAAAUCAGCAUUACUCCCAAAGGCACCAGUCGGUGCGUCAUCUCGACAAGUUUCGAAGAAACCAAGGAUCCAAACGGCGGCAUCUUCAUAUCGGUUUGCCCGAUGAUUUACGUAGGAUGAGUUUCAAAUAUGUUUGAUAUUGUUACGAAAAGUUACAACAAAAUGUUUCAGGUUUUUGUACCUCGUGCUGUUCGGUUCGUUGAAUGUAAAAUAUUCUCGUUGACAAUUGUUGUAGAAUAUAUAACUUGAACUUUUUGAAUCUUUAAUCUGUUGUUAACGAUAGUUGUG